AAAGAAGCCAAGGAGAGCGUUGCUCCUCUAUCACCGUUGCCCUCCUUGGAAAUCAGGCUGCCUCUGAGCGCAGCCACCGCGUCGCGGGGCCGGACGCAGUGCCCGAGGCGCCCUGCAGAUGGGGUGGGCAGGGAAUCAGUGUCCCAGGCGCCGGUGACAGGCGCUGGCCCGCCCGUCAGCCCCGCUCGGCUCAGACACCGGGCGGGCAGAGGAUGCGACGCGGCGGGACCCGAGAACCCAGGACGCGCUAAGCUCCAACUUCUAUGGCCCAGAGAUCGCUCCAGCUCCUGGGACCGCUUCACUGCGUCGAGUGAAGCUGCGUGCGGGACGUGGAGGCGCAGACCUUAGGCGGCGGCUGCUCAGGGGAGAGCCGGGCGCAGGAGGGGGCGUGCUUUCUCUCUCCGGAUCUCAGUAAUGAGGAGACUGAGUUUGUGGUGGCUGCUGAGCAGGGUCUGUCUGCUGCUGCCGCCGCCCUGCGCACUGGUACUGGCCGGGGUGCCCGGCUCCUCCUCGCACCCGCAGCCCUGCCAGAUCCUCAAGCGCAUCGGGCACGCGGUGAGGGUGGGCGCGGUGCACUUGCAGCCCUGGACAACAGCCCCCAGUGCAACCAGCCGCGCUCCGGACGGCAGCCGGGCAGGUUCCCAGAGGCAUGAGCCAGAGCCAGGGACUUGGCGGCCCCCAGCGCCCUCACCGGGUGCGCGCUGGCUGGGAAGUGCCCUGCAUGGCCGGGGGCGACAGGGCACCCGGAAGCCAGAGGAGGGUACCGGAGCUGAGACCCUGUGGCCACGGGAUGCACUUCUAUUUGCCGUGGACAACCUGAACCGAGUGGAUGGGCUGUUGCCCUACAAUCUGUCUCUGGAAGUGGUGAUGGCCAUCGAGGCCGGCCUGGGAGAUUUGCCACUUUUGCCCUUCUCAUCCCCCAGCUCACCCUGGAGCAGUGACCCCUUCUCCUUUCUUCAGAGUGUGUGCCACACCGUGGUGGUGCAAGGGGUGUCGGCACUACUGGCCUUCCCCCAGAGCCAGGGCGAGAUGAUGGAGCUUGACUUGGUCAGCUCAGUUCUGCACAUUCCAGUGAUCAGCAUCGUGCGCCACGAGUUUCCGCGGGAGAGUCAGAAUCCCCUUCACCUACAACUGAGUCUAGAAAAUUCAUUAAGUUCUGAUGCUGAUGUCACUAUCUCAAUCCUGACCAUGAACAACUGGUAUAAUUUUAGCUUAUUGCUGUGCCAAGAAGAGUGGAAUAUCACCGAUUUCCUUCUUCUAACCCAGAAUAAUUCCAAGUUCCACCUCGGGUCUAUCAUCAAUAUCACAGCUAACCUCUCCUCCACUAAGGACCUCUUGGGUUUCCUGCAAGGUCAGCUUGAGAGUGUGAAGAACAGCACAUCCACAAUGGUGAUGUUUGGCUGUGACAUGGAAAGUAUACGGCGGAUUUUUGAAAUUACCACGCAGUUUGUGUUACCACCCUCUGAGCUUCGUUGGGUGCUGGGAGAUUCCCAGAACGUGGAGGAGCUAAGGACAGAAGGUCUGCCCUUGGGGCUCAUUGCUCAUGGAAGAACAACACAGUCUGUCUUCGAAUAUUACGUCCAAGAUGCCAUGGAGCUGGUCGCACGAGCCGUCGCCACAGCCACCAUGAUUCAGCCAGAACUUGCGCUCAUUCCCAGCACUGUGAACUGCAUGGAUGUGAAAACUACAAACCUCACUUCAGGACAAUAUUUAUCAAGGUUUUUAGCCAACACUACCUUCAGAGGCCUCAGUGGUUUCAUCAAAGUAAAAGGUUCAACCAUUAUCAGCUCAGAAAACAACUUUUUCAUCUGGAAUCUGCAACAUGACCCCAUGGGAAAGCCCAUGUGGACCCGUUUGGGAAGCUGGCAAGGAGGAAAGAUUGUCAUGGACUAUGGAAUAUGGUCAGAGCAGGCCCAGAGACACAAAACCCAUUUCCAACACCCAAACAAACUGCACUUGAGAGUGGUUACUCUGAUUGAACAUCCGUUUGUCUUCACAAGAGAAGUGGAUGACGAAGGCUUAUGCCCAGCUGGCCAACUCUGUCUCAACCCCUUGACUAAUGACUCUUCCAUAUUAGACAACCUUUUUAACAGCCUACAUAGCAGUAAUGAUACAGUGCCCAUUAAAUUCAAGAAGUGCUGCUAUGGAUAUUGCAUUGAUUUGCUGGAAAAGCUGGCAGAAGACAUGAACUUUGACUUUGACCUCUACAUUGUUGGGGAUGGAAAGUAUGGCGCAUGGAAAAACGGGCACUGGACUGGGCUGGUUGGCGAUCUCUUGAGUGGGACUGCCCACAUGGCAGUUACUUCCUUCAGCAUCAAUACAGCACGGAGCCAGGUGAUAGAUUUCACCAGCCCUUUCUUCUCUACCAGUUUGGGUAUCUUAGUGAGGACCCGAGACACUGCAGCUCCCAUUGGAGCCUUCAUGUGGCCACUCCACUGGACUAUGUGGCUGGGGAUUUUUGUGGCUCUGCACAUCACUGCCAUCUUCCUCACUCUGUAUGAAUGGAAAAGUCCCUUUGGUAUGACUCCCAAGGGGAGGAACAGAAGUAAAGUCUUCUCUUUCUCUUCAGCCUUGAAUGUCUGUUAUGCUCUCUUGUUUGGAAGAACAGUAGCCAUCAAACCUCCAAAAUGUUGGACUGGAAGAUUUCUAAUGAAUCUUUGGGCCAUUUUCUGUAUGUUUUGCCUUUCUACAUAUACUGCAAACUUGGCUGCUGUCAUGGUAGGUGAGAAGAUUUAUGAAGAACUUUCUGGAAUACACGAUCCUAAGCUGCAUCAUCCCUCCCAAGGCUUCCGCUUUGGGACUGUUCGGGAAAGCAGUGCUGAAGAUUAUGUGAGGCAAAGCUUUCCAGAGAUGCAUGAAUAUAUGAGAAGAUACAAUGUGCCAGCUACCCCUGAUGGAGUGCAGUAUUUGAAGAAUGAUCCAGAGAAACUAGACGCCUUCAUCAUGGACAAAGCCCUCCUGGAUUAUGAAGUGUCAAUAGAUGCUGACUGCAAACUUCUAACAGUAGGGAAGCCAUUUGCUAUAGAAGGUUAUGGCAUUGGUCUUCCACCCAACUCUCCAUUGACUUCUAAUAUAUCUGAGCUGAUCAGUCAAUACAAGUCCCAUGGGUUUAUGGAUGUGCUGCAUGACAAGUGGUACAAGGUGGUUCCAUGUGGCAAGAGAAGUUUCGCUGUAACUGAGACUUUGCAGAUGGGCAUCAAACACUUCUCUGGACUCUUCGUGCUACUGUGCAUUGGAUUUGGUCUGUCCAUCUUGACCACCAUUGGUGAGCACAUAGUGUACAGGCUGCUGUUACCACGGAUCAAAAACAAAUCCAAGCUGCAAUACUGGCUCCACACCAGCCAGAGAUUGCAUCGAGCAUUAAACACAUCAUUUGGAGAGGAAAAGCAACAGCGUUUCAAGACCAAAUGUGUGGAAAAAAAAUCCAGCGUGGCACCCAGGCAGCUCAUGGUGUGGAAUACUUCCAGUCUGAGUCACGACAACCAACAAAAAUACAUCUUUGGUGAGGAGGGAAGACAAAACCAGCUGGGCAUCCAGACCCACCAGGACAUCCCUCUUCCUCUAAGAAGAGAGCUCCCUGCCUCGCUGACCACCAAUGGGAAAGCAGACUCCAUCAAUGUAGCUCGGAACUCAGUGAUGCAGGAACUCUCAGAGCUGGAGAAGCAGAUUCAGGUGAUCCGGCAGGAGCUGCAGCUGGCUGUAAGCAGGAAAACGGAGCUGGAAGAGUAUCAAAGGACAAAUCGGACUUGUGAGUCCUAGGCGGUCAUGCUGUUCUCUUUUCUCAGUUCCUGGCAUUCCUGUGAGUCCUUGAGACACUUUGUAAUGCUCUUUUGUAACUACUGACAAUGAUGUGGGGAAGCUAAAGUCUUCUUAGAGGUCAUCUGCUCUCCCUCGCCUAACACGCAACAGAAUAUCUUGCCACGCUCACUCCCUAGGUCUCCAGGGUAACAGUCUUUGUCAUAGGAGGAAUUUGAAAUUAGGAGGAGACUCCAUACAAGGGAUCUCUGAGUAACCAGAUAACCCCAGCCGCGUUUCACCAGGUGCCACAGUUAUUUCUGGUUUUUUAGCCCUUUCUCUGCACUAUCUGCAAGAGAUGAUAUUGUUCCUCA